AUGUCUCCUAAACAUUAUACUUUCAUCAUCAAUACCUUCAUCAUUCUUGUAAUCCUAUCUACAUCAAUUAAUUCCAACUCUUUUAUUGAACGAGAUGUUAUUGAUUAUAACGCUUGCCAAGGAGAAAGUUGUUGUGCUUACAUAGCAAAAAAAAUUGCUAAUAAAAACCAUGAACGAGUUGCAACCAUUGUUAUCGUUAAUAAGAGUGGUUAUAAUAUAACUCCCUUGCCGGUUAAACUCGAGAAAGGACGUUUUGUUACGCAUGAUGAUCAUGAGAAUAUCGACAUUAACUGCGAACCACAAACCGAACCUCUCACAAAUGGUCAAAACGAAACAUUUUCCAGCAUUGCAAGUCAUUUUUUAGGCGAAUUGAAAGGUAUUGCUACUUUUAUCAUAGAUGACGGUAGUUCAAGCGCUUUCACUUUAUACUGGAGUGCUUCAAUGAUCGGCACUCCUCCUCAUUACGAAAUCGACGGAUUGCCUAAUACGAAAUAUUAUAAUGAAAGCAAAUUAGAUCUCGAGGAUACAUUAUUUCAAGUUACAAUUCAUCGUCAUAACGUCAAGAGUGUCGAGAGAGUGUGGUUUAUCAUUCUCCCAUACUAUUUAUCACCAUACAUUAUCUAUUUUGAAUUUCGCAUUAUAAUUUUGUAA